AAAAUCUUCAACAAGAAGAAUCUUUCAUCUUGAUUCAAGUGUGAAACGAAAAUGUGUUACAAAAAGAUUCUCCCUAUUGUUAUUCCUCCGGAGAGCUUCCACGAAAAUAUGCCGGCGGCCGAAGAGACGGUGGUCACGGAGGUUGUAGUCACCGCCGGUCACCGUGACGGUGGCGGUGGAAAGAAGAGGUGCGUGUGUUCACCGUCAAAGCAUCCAAGAUCGUUCAGGUGUAGGUAUCAUCAUCAUGAAUAUCAAUGGCUUCCUUCUUCUUCUUCUUCUUCUUCUUCUUCUUCUUCUUCUUCUUCUUCUUCUUCUUCUUCUUCUUCUGCUUCUUCUUCUUCUUCUUCUUCUUCAUCAUCUAUCCACAAAUAACACAACAUCAUGUAAUCAAUAAUUAUAGUUCUAUAUUUGUAUUAUUCAUGGUUAUUUAUUCAGUAAUUUAAUCAAAGUAGAGAUUGGUGUUGUGUU